AUGGACUUGGCUAUGUGGGAAACAUUUCUAAAGCAGUGGAAUGGACAUUCGUUCUUUCUGGAGGAAAAUGUGACUUGUGCCUCAGACAUAUCCUUGUAUACAGAUGCUUCUUCUACCAUUGGUUACGGGGGUUACUAUUACGGAGAAUGGUUCCAAGGAAAAUGGCCUCCAGAAAUUCAAGACCUCGGCGAUGACACAUUAUCUAUGGCAUUGUUAGAAUUGUAUCCCAUAGUUGUUGCCGCUGUGAUAUGGGGGCAUAAAUGCUCUUUCUCGUUUCCAGAUGACAAAAUUCAGAGAAGUAGCUCCAGCAGCAGCAGCAAUGCCAGUACCAGUACCAUCCUUGAAAGAAUUAAUCCUGUAUUAGAGAAAGAGUCUAGGGACUUAUGCGAAUCUUCAAUCAGCAACAAUACAAGGAGGGCAUACAGAACAGGACUUACAGUAUAUUGCCAGUUCCUUUCAUCGAUUGGAAUAGAAGCGCCUAAUUAUAAUCCACCUAAGAUCUCAGAACAAACCCUUAUUUACUUUGUUAUACACUGCUGCAAUUCCCUAAAACUAACGUACAAUAACAUCAAAUUGUAUCUUGCAGCUGUGAGAUUCCAUUAUGUGAAGGCUGGUAUUUCUAAUCCUCUAUCAUCAGAUGAAUCGUGUGCAAGGUUGCAAACAGUGUUGAGGGGAAUUCAAAAACAACAAAGUUCUAAACAGAAAAGGAGGCCCACUACAUACAGUGUUUUGAUCCAAAUUCAAAAUGUCUUACAGCGGGGUAUGUUCGGUUAUUUCCUAGAUACCAUGCUGCAAGCUGCUUGUUCUCUAGCAUUUUUCGCAUUCCUUCGAUGCGGGGAAUUCACUGUGAACGAUAUAAAUCAAGACAACCUAUUGUGUGUGGAAGAUGUCAUCAUGGAUCGAAACUACAAAGCUUAUACUAUCACGCUUAAACGAUCUAAAACUGACCCUUUUCGUAAAGGAAUUCAGAUCUGUUUAUUUCAGUCAGACCAAACCGUGUGUCCAGUGAAAUCCAUGUUAAAAUAUUUAAACCUUCGAAGAAAGUGGUACAACUGUGUCAUGUCUUCAGCCUUAUUUACAGAUGAAAGUGGAAAUCCAUUAUCAAGACACUUUUUCAUUACCAAACUAAAGCAGAUACUCAAAUUGCUGGGUUUGGAUGACGAGAAUUUCAAUGGCCACUCUUUCAGAAUAGGAGCUGCUACCUCUGCUGCCGGUGGCCAAGUAGAAGAUCACUUGAUCAAAACCUUGGGUAGAUGGAGCUCAGACUGUUACACCAGGUACAUUCGUUCCGAUGAUCAAACUUUGUCACGUGCACAAAAGGCAAUGUGUUGUCAAAAAACUGUGUAAAAAAGACUAGCUGUAUGUUUAAGGCAGUUGUGUAUGUAAAUGUAAUAGAUCAGUUAAGCAUGCAAUUCAACAUUUUAUGUUCACAUCAUGUUGUGUAUUUGGUUUGUUUUCACAAAACUUGGAGCGGAUUGUUAAACAAUGAACAGUUAUGUACAUAUGUAGUUUUAUAAGCGAAUGUAACUUUACAUUUUAUUUUAUCUCAUGUUCAUAAUACGGGUUAAGUUGGAAUUCAAGAAGAUGAAUUUGCUUUGUAUCUAUGUUCAUUGGAUUUUAUAAUUUUUGGUAUCAGAUCAAGAGU